AUGGGUGAUACAAUAAAUAAACCACCUAGCAAAUUGUCAAGAUUAGGUAGUAAAUUGUUUGGUAAAUCUACUACUAAUGUACCGACUUUAUCAUCAAAUGAAGAAUCAACUCAGCAAGACCCAAAACAAGAUUCAUCAUCUCCUCCUCCUCAACAAGCAUCAUCUCAAAUUUCAACUUUACAACCAAAUAAUUCGAAUACUUCACAAACUAAAAACUCAUCAUUAAAUUCAUCAACCACAAAAAAUCCAACAACAAACACAAUAUCAAAUGAUGAAGAUUUCAUACUAUCACAAGUAGAAAAUGAUGAUGUAUCCGAACUUCGAGAUAUAAAGCAACCACAACCUCAAAAGGCAACUACAGAAAAUACAACAAAUCCAACGGUAAUGCGUAAUUCAAACAAUUCAUCACCAAAAUUAACGUCAACGAGAUCUCACUCACCUGUAAAUGGUAUAGCAUCAACAACAACUUCACCACUACUGAUGGCUUCAUUGGAUCAAAAAUUAAAAAGACAAAAUUCAACAUCUGUUUCACAACCUCCUCCUAAUUUAAAUGCAAUUCAAAAUUCAUCAUUUUCUUCAGGAGUAACAACUGAUAAACCUCUUUCAGGUAGACCAUCACCAUCAGUUUCAAGAUCAUCAUCUAAAAAAACUCAACAAACAAAAACACCAUCAAAUACUUCAGUUACCCCACUAACUAAAUCCAAAAAUGAAUCAACCACAUCAUUGGUUUCUCAACCUCAAGUCCCAUCAUUACCACGUUUUCUAAUGUUGGAAGAUGGAAAUCAUGAACAUCAUUUGAAAUCAGCAAAACGUCAUGAAAAACUAUCAAAUAUGUUAAAAGAUUUACUAGGUGCUAAAAAAUUAAGAGAUGGUGCUAAAAGUGCUGUACCUGACAUUUUACAAGGUGCUAUGCAAUCAUCAACUGCCCAAUUACAACAGCAACAACAACAACAGCAGCAACAACAACAACAACCUAAUCAACAACCUGGUCAAGUUAAUGCAAAACCACCUACAUUAUUUGCUGGAUUAGUGAAUCAAGUUAAAAAUCAUACAAGUCCAUAUCAUCAACCAGGAACUACUGAUGUUGUUGUUUCUGGGUCUCAACCAAAUGCAAGUGCUACUGGACCAGAUUGUAGAUCAUUUGUUGAAAAAUAUGGUAGAUGUCAAGAAGUUAUUGGUAGAGGUUCAUUUGGAGUUGUUAGAGUUUCACAUAAAAAAAUUGAAACAAAUGAUCAAUUACAACAAUUACAACAACAAGCAUUAAAUGGUGUUUCAUCUACCAAUGGAACGUCUAAUCCAUCAGCAUCACCACAAACUACAUCAACAAGUGUCAACUCAUCACAACCAAUUUCAUCAUCUUCAUCACAAGCUUUAAUACCUCAACCACAAGAAAAAUUAUAUGCAGUUAAAGAAUUUAAAAAGAAACCAUCAGAAAGUGAAAAAAAAUAUAAUAGAAGAUUAACUUCAGAAUUUUGUAUUUCAUCAUCAUUAAAACAUCCAAAUAUAAUAGAUACAUUAGAUUUAUUAAAAGAUGCAAAAGGUGAUUAUUGUGAAGUUAUGGAAUUUUGUUCAGGUGGUGAUUUAUAUACUUUAAUUAUAGCAUCUGGAAAAUUAGAAUAUGCAGAAGCUGAUUGUUUUUUUAAACAAUUAAUUAGAGGUGUAAAUUAUAUGCAUAAUAUGGGAGUUGCACAUAGAGAUUUAAAACCAGAAAAUUUAUUAUUAACUCAAUCUGGUGUUUUAAAAAUUACAGAUUUUGGAAAUUCAGAAUGUUUUAAAAUGGCUUGGGAAUCAGAAAUUCAAUUUUCAGAAGGAAUAUGUGGUUCUUCUCCUUAUAUUGCUCCAGAAGAAUUUACUCAACAAUCAUUUGAUCCAAGAUGUGUUGAUAUUUGGUCAUGUGGUGUUAUUUAUAUGGCAAUGAGAACUGGUCGUCAAUUAUGGAAAUUAGCUGAUCCAACAAAAGAUGAAUUUUUUGAAGAAUAUUUAGUUAAACGUAAAGAUGCCACGGGGUAUGAACCUAUUGAAUCUUUAAAAAGAGCAAGAUGUAGAAAUGUUAUAUAUUCAAUUUUAGAUCCAAAACCUGAAAGAAGAAUUACUGGAAAACAAAUUUUGAAUAGUGAAUGGGGUAGAGAAAUUAAAGUUUGUGAUGCUGGUGAAGGUAAAUAA